AUGAGAAAAGAAACGAAAGUACGUUACAAGGAGACUAGUUCACCGUUUCAAAUUCAAAUUUUACUCAUAUUUACAAUCUUUUUUGCAUUCAUCAUUUUGCUCUUGGCUUUUCUGAUUUUUUCAUCCAAGCAACGUUUUGAGCUGCAAACUACGUUACAUCAACGUAGUUCCACGAAUAAUAUUUCCAUUAUUACUUCUCAGCCAUAUUUCAGGCUACCUACUACGAUCCAUCCAUUACAUUAUGACCUCAAAUUGCAAAUAUUUCUUCCAUAUCGGGAAGAUUUAAAUUUUAAUGAACGAAAUUUCAGCAUUCAUGCAAAUGUAGCAAUUCGUAUUGUCUGUUUGCAUGCAACCGAUCAAAUCAUUUUAAAUGCUAAAAAUUUGAAAUUUGAUGAAAGUGAUAUAGAAGUGCAAGACAGCCAUAACGAAUCGAUACCAUUGAUCGGUAUAAAUCGAUAUCAGCAUGAAGUAGAUGAUAUUCAUAUUGUUGAGAUAAUACUAAUGCGGGAACUUCAUUCUGGACAUGAUUAUGUGAUUUAUAUCAGAUAUCAGGGUAUUAUCAAUGAUGUUUGGACUGGUGGUCUUUACAUGACUCAAUACAACAUCAAUGGACAGACAAGGUUGUUAGCACUUACACAACUGCAACCAACAGAUGCAAGUCGCUUAUUACCCUGUUUCGAUGAACCAGAAAUGAAAGCGACAUUCCGGAUCAGUAUAAUCCAUCCUAUGGGCACUUCAGCUGUCUCCAAUUCACCAGUUCGUCGUUACCGUCAUCUCAAUUCAAAAUGGAGUAAGACAGAAUUUGAAGUCACACCUAUCAUGUCAACCUAUCUGCUAGCAGUAGCUGUCAGUGACUUUGUUUUCAAGUUUCGUCAUUGUGGGAAGAUUGAAGUUCGCGUUUGGUGUCAAUCGGCAAUGGCAUAUGACAUCGAUUAUGCGCUUCAUGUUGCAUGCCGGUUGUUAAAGUAUUAUGAAAAUUUCUUCUCCAUUCCUUAUCCACUAAAAAAACUCGAUAUUUUCACAGCACCUGAAUUACGUGUUUUGGCGAUGGAAAAUUGGGGGUUAAUUACCGUACGCCAAAAGUUGAUGCUUUAUAACCAACGUCUGAAUAGUUUACGUGAGAGGAGAGUUGUGACAGAUGUUAUUGCACACGAAGUCGCACAUAUGUGGUUUGGGAAUUUGGCGACAAUGCGUUGGUGGAAUGAUUUAUGGUUGAACGAAGGUUUCGCAACGAUGAUGGGACAAAAAGCAGCUGAUUUUGUUGAAAAUACAACACUGCGAAUGUCACAAUGUUUUGCUGCUGAUAUCACGCUAAAAGCGCUGUCAAGUGAUCAACAUGCGACAAUGACGCAACCAAUAAGUUUAAAAGAAAAUAGUGAUCGUAUACACGGUCAAGAUAUCAAAAUAAUCUAUAAUAAGGGAGCGGCAGUUAUUCGUAUGGUAGAAUCAACAAUUGGUGAGGAAGUAUUUCGACAAGGAUUGAAUCUCUACCUGGUAGAAUUUGCUUAUGCAAACGCUGAAAAGAGUGACUUUUUGAGCAGUUUCUCAAAAAUUUUCAAGGCAAUCGACUAUCAUCAUGAUCCUUUCUUGAGUACUAAUUUUUCGGUCUAUGAUUAUAUUGAUUCAUGGAUUUACCAACGAGGAUUUCCACUGUUGAAGGUUCGACAAGUCGGUGAUUAUUUUGAAAUCAGUCAGCAAAUAUUUGAUUUUGAUAAUAGCAGUGAAUUUGCUGAUACACAAUGGAAAGUGCCGAUAUUUACACAAGAAAAUGAGCAAGAUGAAGUUCAUUGGUUAGAAGAGGGCAAAAAAUUGAAACUAUUGCAUGGAUCGCAUACAUUUGUGUUAGAUCCAAACUUUCACGGUUAUUAUCGCGUCGAAUAUGAACUUAACUAUUGGAAGUUUCUUAUUGAUCAUUUACUACAAAAACAUAAUUAUUUUUCUGUUUCUACGCGACUUAAAUUACUCGAUGAUGCAUUUGUAUUAGCUGAAACUGGACGCAUUCCAUAUACAAUACCAAUGAAAAUGUCGCUAUAUCUUAGAAAUGAAACAAAAGUUGUACCAUUUAUUACCUUUCUAACUCGAUUCGAAACUAUCUUAUACCGUGUACAUCGUCAUUCCAAUGCAUCACUUUUCAAUAAAUACGUACAAUUUCUUAUGGAGCCAUCGUUUGAUCGAAUUAUUAAAGCUGAAACUGAUUCAGAUGUUUCACACAAUAUGGAAUUUGAAUUUAUAAGGGAGCUAAUAUAUCUCAAAAUGUGCGCCAGUGGAUAUCAACGAUGUGUCCGGAUAUUCCGAUCACGCUUGAACGAACUUUACGACAAUUGCUCGCAGGAAAUGCUUAGCAAUCCUUGCAAUAGCUUAGAAGCAAGCUUACGUAAUAUCGCUUAUAUGGUAGCAUCCAAAUAUGGCAAUCAAGCGGAAUUGACAUUUAUGAUCAAUAAAUUUCACGCAGAAGAAUAUCAUGUCGAGCGUGAUAGGAUUUUUUCCGCACUUGCUAGCAGCUCUAAUCGUUCUUACAUUGAAGUGUUGGUAAAAGAAGUAUUAACCAAGAAAGAGAAAGAUACUGAUUUCCGACCCAAAUUAUACGAACUUUCAAGGAAAAAUUAUGAUAAUGGAGCAGUUGGGCAGUAUUUAUUUAAUAAUUUUGCUGAACUUUUUAAGAGACACGAGAAGUAUGGACCUUUCUUCAUGCUUCAGAUGGCACGAGGUUAUGGCACAAACGAUGAUUUGCAAAAGUUGGAUAUAUUCGAGAAAAAAUAUGCUCCAUUAAUGAAAAAAUUAAAACCUGUCAUCUCUCAUAUUCGAGCUGAUAUUAACAGGCGAAUGAUUUGGAAUGCAAAAUACGCUGAUGAAAUUAUCGAAUUUAUAUCGAAAUAUUUACAGCGCUGA